AUGUCAUAUUCAAAAAUAUUUUCAGAUUUACCUGAAUUUACAUAUGAAGUUAUAAAAAAUUUUAAGAAUGAUUUUUCAACUUUGCAUUCGUGUAUAUUAGUUAAUAGAUUAUGGUGUCGUUUAACGAUUCGAAUUUAUUUACAUAAUUUAAAUGAUGAUUUAAAAGCACAAUUAAAUGAAUAUAAAAUUGAUGAUAAAUUAUUUCCUUCAAAUACACUUUUUAAUUAUCCCAUUUUUUUAAAAUAUUUUUAUACAGAGAAAAUUAUUUCUUCUAUUGAAAAAUGGUCUAAAGAUAUUGAACUCGAAAAUAGACUAAUAUUUGAAUUUAAGAGAUUAAUUUACAUGUCAUUAUUUAAAAUAUUUAUUGAAAAUGAAGUAAAUAUACAUACUUUUGAUAUUGAGGUCAAUUCUUCAUAUGAAGAUGACAUGCUUGAAUUAAUUUUACAAAACCCAAAUUUCCUUCAUAAUAUUAGAAAUUUAAAAUUCAAUUGUGAUGAUGACUUAUUUAGCCAUACUAAAAAUCUUACAUAUCAAAUGAUUAAUUUAUGUCAAAAUCUUAAAAAAAUUUCAUUAGCUUUUAAUAAUAGUUUUCUUAUAUAUCAAACAUCAUUGUUAUCAAAAGAUUAUAAUCAUUUAUCAAAUACUUUAAAUACAAUCGUCUUAUAUUUAAUCAAUUUUAAAAUUAUAACUAAUUUAGACAACAUAUUUGAACAAUUAAAUGGUUUAGAAUCUGUUCAUAUCAUUUAUUGUGAUUUAGGUACUGGUUUUAUUCAAUCAAUAAUUAACUUAACCAAACCAUUUAAGUUAAAAUCUUUAUUCUUAUAUAGAAAUGAAUUAAAAAUUAUUGAAUCAUUACAAUUAUUAUUACAAAAAUAUGGUGAUUAUUUAGAAAAUUUUGCAUGUAGCUUUGGUUCUAAUUUGUUAUCUGAGGAGCAACAAUUACUUGAAUUUAUUAUAAAAUAUUGUAAAAAUAUUAAAUUUCUUGAUUUAGCUGUAUUGAAUAAUACUCAGAUUAUUUAUUCGUUAUUAAAUUUAACUGAGAAUGUAAAACAGAAUCUUAGUCAUCUUUCUAUCAAUAUCUUUGCCAAUUCUGUUUUUUCAGAUACUAUUGAUGUUAAUUCAAUUACAUUACAAAAUUUAGGUCAAUUACUUCCUCUUAAAUUAGAAUAUUUAAGUUUAACUCUGUUUAGUAUUGAAUGGAAAAAUGAUUUUAAAAUGUUCUUAAAAAAUUCUCAGAAUACUUUUAUUAAAAAAUUGUUAAUCAGAUGUAGAAGUCGUGAUACUCAUGAUUUUAUUUUAUCCUAUAUAAAAGAAUAUAUUAUGAAAAAGAAAAGAAUCAAAUAUUUGGCUAUUUCCAUUUGUGAUACUGAUUUUUUUUCACUUAAAGAUGAAUUUGAUGAAUUGAAGGAAUUUGAGUUAUAUAAUAUUAAAAUUCAAAAAUAUAAAGAAUUUAGAUUCAAAUUCAUAGAAGAAUUAUUAGAUUUUAAUAUUAUAUAA